CAUACAUAGCACACGUAUGCCGGAGUUGUAUUGUUUGGCAAUGUGUUGUAAAAGGAAAAGAAAUGAAAAACCGAAACAGACCUGAAAACGUAAACGAAACCAGUCGGCCGCAUAGAAAAGAACCACGUAUACAGCCACAUAUUUACUACAAAGAGAAAGAAAGGGACAGAAUGAAAAUCUGUACACGCCACUGCGAAUAGUAAAUGUGAUUUUUUUUUUGUAAACAACCACACACUUUUUCAUCUGUUUAAAUGAUAAAGUAUCGAGUGCUAUUUUAUAUCAAACAACAGUUUAUACUUUCACUUGGUGUUGGAUGGAUGUUAGAAAAUCGCUAGCUGGGUUAAUGCAAACAUUUUCGUUCAGUGAUUGUUAUUUUUUUCUAUUAAAUGUAAAAGAAUUUUCUGUCAUAGCAACACCAUCAUCAUCACUUCACACCAUCGCUAAAACCGCGUAAAACAACAACACUGCCACCAGUAAUAGCGGAAAUUGAAGAAAAAAAAUAAUAGUGAUCAUGACUGCAAUCGAAACAAUACGGAAACACCUCGAGAAAUAUGGACAAGAGCAUUUGAUUAAAUUUUGGGACGAAAUUGAUGAUGAGCAGAAAAAACAAUUGAAGCAAGAAAUCGACGAGCUGAAAUUCAGCGAACUGCUAUCAUUUUACGAACGUGUUACCAAGUCGGAAACAGAGAAUGCAGAAAAAUUAGACGACAAACUACAACCCAUCGAAGAGUCACAAUUCCUAUCCGUUCGCCACACAUCGCUUGCGUCGAUAAAAGAAUAUGAAUCGAAAGGUUUGGAACAAAUUUCGGAAAAUCAUGUGGGUGUUUUGCUGAUGGCUGGUGGCCAAGGUACACGACUCGGUUUCUCACAUCCAAAAGGAAUGUUUGACGUUGGUCUACCAUCCAAGAAGAGUCUGUUUCAAAUUCAAGCUGAACGGAUUAGAACACUGCAACGGUUGGCAUUUCAACAGACUGGUAAAAAUGGUCGCAUAACAUGGUACAUAAUGACGAGCGAACAUACAAUGGAACCGACAAAAGCAUUUUUCGAACAAAACAACUAUUUCGGUUUGGAUGCGGAUGAUGUGAUUAUGUUUGAACAAGGCAGUUUACCAUGUUUUGGAUUCGAUGGCAAAAUAUUACUCGAUAAAAAGCAUGCCAUUUCAACAGCACCAGAUGGAAAUGGUGGAAUUUAUCGUGCCCUAAAAUCACAAGGAAUUUUAGAUGACAUGGAACGACGCGGUGUUUUGUAUUUACAUGCACAUAGUGUUGACAAUAUAUUGAUCAAAGUGGCAGAUCCAGUUUUUAUCGGUUACUGUGUGUUACAAAAUGCCGAUUGUGCCGCCAAGGUUGUUGAAAAGUCACAACCAAAUGAAGCAGUGGGAGUCAUUUGUAUGGUUGAUGGUAAAUAUCAAGUGGUUGAAUACAGUGAAAUCUCAGCAAAAACAUCGGAGCUACGCAAUUCAGAUGGUCGACUCACUUUCAAUGCCGGCAAUAUUUGCAAUCAUUUCUUCAGUACAGAGUUUUUAAAUAAAAUUGGAAAUAAAUAUGAACAAUAUAUGAAAUUGCAUGUGGCCAAAAAAAAGAUACCAUUUAUUGAUAAUGCUGGCAAACGAUGCACACCAGAAAAACCAAAUGGUAUAAAAAUUGAAAAAUUUGUAUUCGAUGUAUUUGAAUUUGCUGAAAAAUUUGUGGUAUUUGCGGUUGAACGUGAUGACGAAUUUAGCCCACUGAAAAAUGCCGAUAGUGCGGGAAAAGAGUGUGCAACGACGGCUCGCAAUGACAUUUAUCGUUACCAUAAAAAGUUAAUUGAAGCAGCUGGUGGACAAAUCAAUGGUGAUGUAUGCGAAAUAUCACCACUUCUUUCAUAUGAUGGCGAAGGACUUAAAGAUAUAGUUGGUGGACAAACUUUCAUGGCCCCAAUCCAUUUGAAGAGCACCGAAGAAUCGAACAAUAUAACCAAUGGUCACUAGCACCGACUUAAAUAAGACUUGUGUAUUUUGUUUAAAUUAUACUUGUUUUUCCACUUUUUUGUUUUCAUUUUUAUUGCAUUUGCAUUAAUUUCAACGUCUUAAACAUAAAUCGGAAUUAAUAUUUUUGUUUUUCGCAAUAUUUUAAUGUAAAAUAUCUGAUGUAACAGAUAAAAUCGUUUCUUUCGACAGCAUCAUA